AUAUAUUUAAUACAAUACUCAAUUGUAAGUCAAUUCGCAUAUUUUUUUAAAUCAAAAAUUGUUUUUGAUUAUUCGCACACCAUCAAUUUGAAAUGGAUUUUUCUUUGUGCAAUAACUGUAAACUGUAAGAGGCAUAGUUAAGGAGCCAGAGCAUAUAUGUAUAAGUAAUAUGCACUAUGGGUUUUUAAUUAAAGAUUCCCAUUUAUACGACUGGCCGAGCUGGAGAACUGAAGAACGUACGUGACAAUUAUACGUGAUUAGCUUUUGGCAGCGUCCACCCGCAAGUGCACUUUCAAUAUCAGCGCGGGGCUGCGAAGCGCCAAAAAUGAAUUCCAAUUAGGUGUCAUCAAUGUCAGCGAGUUGACUAUAUAACCUUAUGGCCGCAGCUUGGUCAGACAUUCAGUGUUCAGCUUCUGCUUCAGACAGCACCGAGUUAUCCUCCAAACAAGUCCCAACGAAAUGGCUUACAAGAUCGCAUUCGCACUCGCUAUGCUCGCCGUGGCCCAGGCGGCCGUGCUGAGAACUGUGGCACCCGUUGCCGUUGCACCCGCACCCGUUCUGGCCAAGACCGUUGAACUGGAGGAGGUUGAUCCGCAUCCCCAGUACUCGUACAGCUACGAUGUGCAGGACACCCUCUCCGGCGACUCCAAGGGUCAUGUGGAGGAGCGUGAUGGCGAUGUGGUCCGCGGCGAGUACUCCCUGAUCGAUGCCGAUGGCUUCAGGCGCACCGUCACCUACACCGCCGAUUCCAUCAAUGGCUUCAAUGCGGUUGUGCGCCGUGAGCCCCUCGUUGCCGUUGCUGAGCCCGUGGUUAAUGCUGCUCCAGUUGCUGUAUCCGCGCCGCUCGUCCGCUCUGCUCCUGUUGCCGUCCCCGCACCCCUCGUCCGCUCUGCGCCAGUUGCUGUAUCCGCGCCGCUCAUCCGCUCUGCUCCCCUCGCGGUUGCAGCUCCUGUUGUAAGAACCGCUGCCAUUGCUGCUCCACUGAGAUACACCGCGCCAGCCUAUGCCGUUAGGAACUUGUAAUUUGACCUGACCUAAAUUGUUCUCCUGCUUAU